AUGACCCCUCAACCCGGGCGGCUCAAAAGGAGCCGCAAAGCAACUGGCGAUGCCAUUGUUGAUGCCAUGCUGGAAAUUGCGGCAGCUUCUAAAGCUCGGGCUGCCGCCAUCAUGAGGAACGAGGACCGUUUUUCCAUUAGCAAAUGCAUAAAAUUACUCGAUGAGAUGCAGGGCGUUGAUCAGGCUCUCUACUUUUACACCCUGGAUUUGUUCGAGAGCUCCACGGCUAGAGAAACAUUUGUGUCCCUCAAGAGCGAAAGACGAUUGGCGUGGAUACAGAGGAAGUUUAGGGCCUCAACUGGCCCAGUGGACUGA